AUGCUGCAAUUCCUAGUGGGUCUGACGUUAGCGCUUUGCGUUUUGUCAACGACAGUCGACGCCCGAGCACACCGACACCGGAAACGAGGUACGUUCUUUUUUCUCUGGCUAGCUCUUAUCGUUUUUUUUGCUCUGAAGUUUGAGGCAAAUGAACCGAGAAGUUUGUGAGGCACUUCCGUUCGUUAAUAGUGCAACAGUUUUUGUCUGGCUACAAAUUCUGUCCCAAAAGUUCGUGGUUUUUUGACUCAAAAACGCAAAAUAUGUCACGAAUACAAACGUAUUCAGGUUUGAACUAUAUAGUUGAGUAAUUUUGACAUUUUCAGCCCUUCAAGAGGACUACGAAUACCGAGACACCUCCGACUACGACAGCAAUUCGGGCGUGUUUGUGGACUCCGUGCCGAUGCGGACGACGCCGCUUCCCAAGCAUGGAAAACUGCAUCAGCGGACGAACCGCUUCCCCAAGUUGCGCAAGUUCUUCGAAGACCGAUACUUCCAAUAG